CACUCCACGAAAGGAGGAGGAGAAGUAGGAGGAGGAGGGGAAGGAAGGCAGGAAGGAGGAGUGAAGAGCAAAAAAAAGGCACCGCGGCAGAGGCGCCGGCAGCAGGGAGAGGGUCGGCGGCCGGCGGGCACCCUCGCACCCAUCAGCCGGAUCAAGACUCCGUGUGGAUUAAACCUUUGGAAAGAAGGAGGGGAAAAAAAAUAAAAGCCCACCCCGAAACCCCCACAUCAGGACGACCUGGGCUUUUAAAAAGGGAUACAACACUCUGGAUGCGCUCGUUCGCCUCUUUUGUGACAGAUGCUUAAACCGACGUCCAGACCUUAGGGUUGGUGUUUUGGGGUUUUUAUUUUUAUUUUUUAAAUUUUUUUCUCUUGUUUUUUUUUUUUUUUUUUUUUUAAUACCCUAUUUAAUAGACGCCUUUUUGGCUCGCUCUUUCUGUUUUUGCCUGCUGGCUCUGCCCUGCGCCGCAUCCCUGCCGCCGCGCCCGCUCCCCGGCGUGGCGGGUUGAUGGGCUCCGCGGCCCCGGGGCGGCCGAGGCUCCUCCGCGGCUCGGUCCGAGCUCCGCACCCGCGCACGGCGGCGCGGCGCCGGCAGCCCCCGCCCGCCUGCCCCCGCCACGAGCGCCGCGGGCUCUAGACGGGGAUUUUUUUCCAUUUUUCUUCGCUUUUUCGGGCAAAACCGGAGCGAGCGACGACUCUCUCCCUUCCCUCCCCACCCAACCUUUAUAUUUUCUUUUCCCUCCUUUUUUUUUUGUUUUUUUUCUUUUUUUCCCUUAAUUUUUAAAAUUUUCUCGGUUUUGGUUUUUGGUUUUUUGUGUUUUGUGUUUUGGUUUUUAUUUUUUUUAAUUUUUUUUUUUUUUCCUUCUCAGUUCGGUUUUUCUGUAAAUUCUCUCGCAGCGGGCGGAGGCGCUGCCGGCGCAUCCCCCCGCGGGAGGCGGUGGGACCCGCGGCCCCAGCGCGGAGACUGGCGCAUGCCACAGCCCGCCUCGGCUCCGCUGCCCCCCGCCGCUGCCCCCCGCUGCCGCCGCAUCCCGCCUGCCGGCCCCUUCAUGCUCGGCGGACGACAUGCCCGUUUUGUAGCCGGGGGCCCCUCCUCUCGUCCCGCAUGUUCAGGACCAAACGCUCGGUGCUCGUCCGGCGGCUCUGGCGGAGCCGCGCGCCCGGCGGCGAGGAGGAGGAGGAGGCGGCGGCGGGCGAGCCCGGCGCGGCGGCGGCGGUGGCCGAGCCCCGGGCGCACUUGGGCGGGGGGCGCGGGUGCUGCCCGGGCAAGGCUGGCCGCGGCGGGCGGGCGGCGGCGGGCGCGGAGGCGGAACUGAAGGCGCUGACCCACGCCGUGCUGAAGCGGCUGAAGGAGCGGCAGCUGGAGGGGCUGCUGCACGCCGUGGAGUCCCGCGGCGGGGCGCGGACCCCCUGCUUGCUGCUGCCCGCCAAGGCCGACUCGCGGCUGGGCCAGCACUGGUACCCGCUGCCCGUGCUGCUCUGCAAGGUGUUCCGCUGGCCCGACCUCCGCCACUGCUCCGAAGUGAAGCGGUUAUGUUGCUGUGAAUCCUACGGCAAGGCUCACUCCGAGCUCGUCUGCUGCAACCCGCACCACCUCAGCCGGCUCUGCGAGCUAGAGUCUCCCCCUCCACCCUACUCCAGAUAUCCAAUGGAUUUUCUCAAACCAACUGCAGAUUGUCCAGACUCUGUGCCUUCCUCCACUGAAACAGGGGGAACUAAUUGUCUAGCCCCUGGGGGGCUCUCAGAUUCUCAAGUUCUUCAGGAGCCAGGGGAUAGGUCACACUGGUGUGUGGUGGCAUACUGGGAAGAGAAGACACGCGUGGGUCGGCUGUACUCUGUCCAAGAGCCCUCCCUGGAUAUCUUCUAUGAUCUACCUCAGGGGAAUGGUUUCUGCCUCGGACAGCUCAACUCAGACAACAAAAGCCAGCUGGUGCAGAAGGUGCGCAGCAAGAUCGGCUACGGCAUCCAGCUCACCAAGGAAGUGGACGGAGUGUGGGUGUACAACCGCAGCAGUUACCCCAUCUUCAUCAAGUCAGCCACACUGGACAACCCCGACUCCAGGACGUUGCUGGUUCACAAAGUGUUCCCAGGGUUUUCCAUCAAGGCUUUUGACUACGAGAAGGCGUACACCUUGCAGAGACCCAAUGACCACGAGUUCACGCAGCAGCCAUGGACCGGAUUUACCGUGCAGAUCAGCUUUGUGAAAGGCUGGGGCCAGUGCUACACGAGACAGUUCAUCAGCAGUUGCCCCUGCUGGUUGGAGGUUAUUUUCAACAACCGGUGACUCGAGACAGAGUGAACUCAUGACAUCUAUACUACUUUGCUGCUAUUACUUCCUUCUGAGUGCUUGCUUUUCAUGCAGACUGUUUUUUUUUUUUGUUGUUUUUGUUUUGUUUUUUGUUUUGUUUCACUUUGUUCACCCUUCUUCGUUUUUUUGAGAAAUAGCUUACGAAAGAUUUUGUUUGUUUGCUUGUUUGUUUGUUUGUUUUUUUGUUUUUUUUUUCUGCCUUUGGGGUAUUUUGAUAAAUAUAUCUAUUUUUAAAAAGUGUGAAUGACCAAUAACUCUCAGAAGGGCGAGAGAAGGGUGCAGUGGGGAUAGAUCACACGAGAUAAUUACUUCAUGCCUCUUGAAAGGAUUAUCCAAUGGGGAUCGAUGGAUUUGAAAGCCACUAGCUCUAUGUUACAGCUCCUUCUCUUGGACAACACAAGGAGAUGACUGUAUUUUUGUACGCACCACCUUCCCAGUGACGGUGACACCGAGACCCCUUCCCCAGCAGUGCUAACCCCGCGUUGCCGCCGAAGGAUGGUGCAAAAACCUUCCCAGACAGGUCUCUUACCGACCUUUCGUGUUUCUCUUGUUGCUGGGUUCAUGUCUUGUCACUGUGUUCAUUGUUCCACUGCUUUUUCUAUGUUUUUUAUGAUUGUGGAUUGGUGUAAGGGGAGAAAACAACAGUGGAGGGACUUCGGGCAUACGGCCCGCGCUUGGUCAUUUGAGCUGAGAAUGCGUAGUGACAGAAUUCUAAACCUAAAAACAAAAUUAAAGCAAAACUAAAGAAAAACAAGUGGGGAAAACAAGAGAAAAAGUGUUCACAACAGUCGGUGUGUCGUAACCUGCUUAGAUCAGGUUAUCCAGGUACCAUCUUAUCUGGAAAUGCAGUUGUGCUUUCAUUUCUUCUUGAAUUCAUACACAAGUAUGAUACUUUUACACUGUUCUUAGCUCAAUGAGCAUGUUUAGACCUUAACAUAAGCUAUUUUUCUAAAUAUAAAGGUUUAAUUGAACAAGAGAGCAUUCUUCUUGGAACUUUAGCAUUGUAGUGCUUUGGAAAAACACCCACACAAAAGAAAGGACUCCUUAAAAAAACCCUGAGAUUUAUUAAAGAAAAAAAUGUAUUUUAUGUUAUAUAUAAAUAUAUUAUUACUUGUAAAUAUAAAGACGUUUUAUAAGCAUCAUUAUUUAUGUAUUGUGCAAUGUGUAUAAACGAGGAAAAGGUAAGAAAGAUGCACUUUGCUUUAAUAUAAAUGCAGAUAACAAAUGCCAAAUUAAAAAAAAAAAAAGAGAACACAAGAUUGGUGUUUUUUCUAUGGGUGUUAUCAUCCAGAUGAAUGUUUCUUUUUCUAAAGGAGUCUAUGUUCCAUUAAAAAAUAAAAAUGUACACUUGAUCCCAAACUGUGCCAAGUGUUUUUUUUUUUAUUUUUUUUUUUUUUUUUUUUUUUGUGUGGAUGAGGCAGACUGGAGAGAUGCUGUGUGGGGUCAGUGGUGGGAGCACCCACCCCAGCCCUGAGUGGGGCCUCUCUGGGGUGGGUAACACCUGGGUGGGAUCGUCCUGAGCCUUGGGCUCCAUUGGCCUGGUUAGGUGCCCACAGCUUUUGGCUUCUCAGUUUGGAUGCACC